AUGUCAAGUAAUACCUCAUUAUUAGCUUAUAAUUUACUACACAUGGAAAUUGUUAAAUAUCAUACUUCAUGUGUUGAAUCUAUUAAUAAGAAAAAAAAAGAAUGGUCUUUAAAAAAUAAUGGAGAAUUAGAUGUUUGUGGUAUAUUAAAACAAGAUGAUCCAGUUAUUUCACAACUUUUUACACAGGGAUCUGUUGAAACAAGAUUAGAAUUAAUGGGAUUUAGGAUUGGGCAAACAAUAUGUGAAAAAGUUUCAAAAGACACAAAUAGAUUAUCUUCAUCAUUAGAAAUAAUGAAAUUUAUAUGUAAAGAAUUUUGGUUAUUUAUAUUUUCAAAACAAGCUGAUAACCUUAAAACUAAUAAUCAGGGAAUAUUUGUUAUUUUUGAUAAUAAAUUUUCAUUAUUAAUGAAUUUUUCACAUGGAAAACGAUUUGUAUCAAAAAGUGGUUAUUAUUUGGCACUUCCAUCAGGUAUAAUACGUGGUGCCUUACAUUCAUUAAAUGUUAAGGCUAUCGUUACAGCAUCAACAGAAUUGAUACCAGGGGCAAAAUUUCAAAUACAUUUACAACCUAAUUAA